CUUUAGUCCCUCACAGAGGGGAAAAAAGCCCCCACAAAACGUCUCUUGAGAUGAACUAGCUGAACCAUUGUUCAGCUGGCUGGAUUUCACACACUACAAUGAAGAUACUGUUUUUCACUGGACUGCUCUCUUUUACCUCCAGUCUUUGCACUACAGCUUCAGAAUUUUCAUGGAAUGGCUCUGCAAUUAAAACAGUGUCUCUUAUCAAAACUUUUCGGGGAAUUUCGGCGAGAGACUAUGAUUACAUCCCCCCUUAUGCUAUAGAGGGGGAAACAACAACCAUCCAUAUCAGAGAAAACAAAUGCACUUCAAAAAAGCCAAAUGACUCCACAUUAACACAAGUGAGCAACACCACGCUGGAGUACCUCACCAGCUCUCUGAGCACCAAGCUAAUACCUGCUGUCUACCUCAGUGCUCUGUUACUGGGUGUGCCGUCUAAUGCCAUCAUUCUGUGGAUGUUACUCUUCAGGAUCCGCUCCGUGUGCACCGCCAUCCUCUACACAAACCUGGCUGUCUCAGACCUGCUCUUCUGCAUCAUACUGCCCUUCAAAAUAGCCUACCACAUCAACGGCAACAACUGGGUGUUUGGGGAGACCAUGUGUCGGGCGGCCACGGCGGUGUUUUAUGGCAACAUGUACUGCUCCAUUCUGCUGCUCACAUGCAUCAGCGUCAGCCGCUACCUGGCCAUCGUCCACCCCUUCACCUACAAGAGCCUCCCGAAGCGCGCCUACGCCAUCGCAGCCUGCGCCGCUGUCUGGGCCGCCGUCUUCCUCUACAUGCUCCCGCUCGCCAUCAUGCAGCAAAGCUAUUACGUGAAGCAGCUGGACAUUUAUACCUGCCACGACGUGCACAGCGCCUGCGAAACUGUGUCCUCCUUCCAGUUCUACUACUACGGGUCCUUGGCUGUAUUUGGGUUUUUAAUACCGCUCGCAACUAUCGUAUUCUGCUAUGUCUCGAUUAUACGAACACUCAAGACUCACGAAUGGUUCUGGUAUGUCAAAGUCAGUCUUUUGAUUCUUACCAUCUUUGCUAUUUGCUUUGUGCCAAGCAAUAUUAUCCUUAUUAUCCAUCACAUCAACUAUUACUAUUACAACACAGAUAGGCUGUAUUCUUUUUAUCUAAUUGCUUUAUGUCUUAGCAGCCUAAACAGCUGUCUUGAUCCUUUCCUUUAUUUUCUGAUGUCAAAAAUUAGAAGUCAAUCCAAUAUUUAUCUGACAAUGGUUAAAAUAUCCAGGGAAAAAUGA